GCAGAACUCUCAGGGCUUUCACUGUAUAUCUAAAGCUCUGUGCUUCUACAACAGAAGUAGGGCUGGAGGAGAAGUAAGAUAGAUCGACACCAUGAACUGCCUGUAUCUCCUGGUUUUGGGAUUGUUGUGGGACUGCUGGCCAGCUCUUCUGUUAGUCGUACAGACCAGUGUGACUGCUUCUGUAACCUGUGGUCCUGGAUUUAUACAAGAUAAAGACAGUUGUGAAGAUUACGAUGAAUGUGAAGAAGAAAAAGAAGAAAGAUGUGGUAACAAUUCAGUUUGUUACAACACAUUGGGUAGCUACUACUGUCAGUGUGAACCGGGCUACAAGGCAAAAUCAUUUAACUUCACUCUAGAUAAAGGUGGACCAUGCCAAGACAUCAACGAGUGCGAGGCGAUUAAAUCCAUCUGUGGUCCUAAUGCUGAUUGCUCUAACAUCGCCGGUUCCUAUUACUGUUCAUGUGCUACUGGUUUUGUGGCCAGCAACGGACAGGAGCACUUUAACGCAAGCCAAGAUGUUACAUGCGAAGUCAUACAGACCAGUGUGACUGCUUCAGUAAACUGUGGUAUUGGAUAUGUACAAAAUAAAGACGGUUGUGAAGAUUACGAUGAAUGUGAAGAAGAAAAAGAAGAAAGAUGUGGUAACAAUUCAGUUUGUUACAACACAGAGGGUAGCUACUACUGUCAGUGUGAACCGGGCUACAAGGCGAAAUCAUUUAACUUCACUGCAGCUGAAGGUGGAUCAUGCCAAGACAUCAACGAGUGUGUAGACAUUGAAUCCAUCUGUGGUCCUAAUGCUGUUUGCUUUAACAUCGCCGGUUCCUAUUACUGUUCAUGUGAUACUGGUUUUGUGGCCAGCAACAGACAGGAGCACUUGAACACAAGCCAAGACGUUACAUGCAACGACAUCAACGAGUGUUGGGAGAAUAAAUCCAUCUGUGGUCCUAAUGCUGUUUGCUUUAACAUCCCCGGUUCCUAUUACUGUUCAUGUGAUACUGGUUUUGUGGCCAGCAACGGACAGGAGCAAUUUAAGGCAAGACAGAGUGUUACAUGCAAUGUCAUACAGACCAGUGUGACUGCUUCAGUAAACUGUGGUACUGGAUAUGUACAAAAUAAAGACGGUUGUGAAGAUUACGAUGAAUGUGAAGAAGAAAAAGAAGAAAGAUGUGGUAACAAUUCAGUUUGUUACAACACAUUGGGUAGCUACUACUGUCAGUGUGAACCGGGCUACAAGGCAAAAUCAUUUAACUUCACUGCAGUUGAAGGUGGAUCAUGCAAAGACAUCAACGAGUGUGUGGAGAAUAAAACCAUCUGUGGUCCUAAUGCUGUUUGCUUUAACAUCGCCGGUUCCUAUUACUGUUCAUGUGCUCCUGGUUUUGAGGCCAGUAACAGACAGGAGCACUUGAACACAAGCCAAGAUGUUACAUGCGAAGAUGAGGAUGAAUGUGAAGAAGGAUUAUGUGGUAACAAUACAGUUUGUUACAACACAUUGGGUAGCUAUUACUGUCAGUGUGACCCGGGCUACAAGGCGAAAUUGUUUAACUUCACUCAAGAUCAAGGUGGAUCAUGCAGAGACAUCAACGAGUGUACGGACGAUAAAUCCAUCUGUGGUCCUAAUGCUGUUUGUUCCAACAACAUCGGUUCCUAUCACUGUACAUGUGCUACUGGUUUUGUGGCCAGCAACGGACAGGAGCACUUUAAUGCAAGUCAGAGCGUUACAUGUGAUGACAUCAACGAGUGUAAGGAGAAUAAAUCCAUCUGUGGCCCUAAUGCUGUUUGUGUUAACAGCAUCGGUUCCUAUCACUGUUCAUGUGAUACUGGUUUUGUGGCCAGCAACGGUCAGGGGCACUUUAACGCAAGCCAAAACGUUACAUGCAAAGACAUCAAUGAGUGUGAGGAGCCAUCCGUCUGUGGUCCUAAUGCUGGUUGUUCUAACAACAUCGGUUCCUAUUACUGUUCAUGUGCUACUGGUUUUGUGGCCAGCAACGGUCAGGAGCACUUUCACACAAGCCAAAACGUUACAUGCAAUGAACUGCAGUGUGACCGUCUCGGACGCCAAUCAGUGGAGGUACCCGAGGUGCUGCAGAUUCUGGAUGAGUUGAAGAGCAUAUGUAUGCAAAAAAACUCAAAAGGAGAGGACAUGUUACAGAUUCUCACAGAAGCAUUAGAAAGCUUCCUUCCUUUAACAGAUACCAAGAUCAUUACUUCAGUGUUGGACCUGGUUGAAAACACGUUGCCUGUCGUAGGACAGCUGCUUAAAAGCAGUUACAGUCAAUCAUCAUCUCAAACACGAGUUGAGAUGUUGGUCCACAGAAAUUGGAAUCCUCCACAUGGUCCAUUUAAUUUGUCCACCAACAAAGUGCAGUUCAGCAGUGACUGGGAAACAGCGGUGGGAGAUUCUUACCUGGGAUUCGCCUUUGCAUCCCUGUUUGAGUACACAGAUCUGAAAAUUCCACACGUCCAGAGCUUUAUCGGAAACCAGUUCCAUGGACCGAGUAUCUCUGCGAACCCAUAUCAGCUCAACUCCAGAGUAGUGACGAUAAAGGUCACAAACAAGAACACAGCUGAUCUGACGAAACCCGUUAAGAUCGGAUUCUCUCAUCUGCAGGAUGCGAAGGGGAAGGUAGCCUGUGUGUUCUGGGACUCGAAAAUAGAAGGUGGUGUGUGGUCAAGUGAAGGCUGCGAUGUGGUCAAGAGCAGCACCAAUUACACAGUGUGCUCAUGCAAACACCUCAGCAGCUUCGCUGUGCUACUGUCGCUCUAUGAGCAGAAAAAUGUGUUUGAGCUUCAGCUGAUCACCUGGAUUGGACUCGCCCUGUCUUUAAUCUGCCUCCUCAUCUGCAUACUGACUUUCUGGCUUAUCCGUUCCAUCCAAAGCACCCGCACCACCAUCCACCUGCACCUCUGCAUCAGCCUUUUCAUCGCCGAUUUCAUCUUCCUCGUCGGCAUCAGCCAAACAGAUAACAGGGUGGGAUGUGGUGUGGUUGCGGGUUUCCUGCACUACUUCUUCCUGGCUGUGUUCUGCUGGAUGUGUCUGGAAGGUGUGCAGCUUUUCCGCAUGGUGGUGCUGGUGUUCAACACCACUCUGAGUCGGGGCUACCUGAUGGCCGCCGGUUACGGAGUCCCCGCCAUCAUUGUUAUCCUAUCAGCCUGUGUCAAUUACAAAGGAUACGGCACCCCAAGCUACUGCUGGCUCAGUCUGGAAAAUGGCUUCAUCUGGAGCUUCUUUGGUCCUGUUUGUGCCAUAAUUAUUGUGAAUGCGGUCUUCUUUAUGAUAACUGUAUGGAAGCUAGCACAGAAAUUCAACUCCCUUAACCCUGACUUGGGCAACCUGAAAAAAAUCAAGACAUUUACUAUCACUGCCAUCGCUCAGCUCUGCGUUCUCGGCAUCAUGUGGAUCUUCGGCUGUUUUCAGUUUGAUGAAGGAACGCUGGUCAUGUCCUACCUCUUUACAAUCCUCAACAGCCUGCAGGGGGUGCUGGUGUUCAUCAUGCACUGUCUGCUUUCCAAACAGGUGAGAGAUGAGUACAUCCGGUUCCUGACUUGCUUGACUAUACGACAGAAGAGCUCAUACUCAGAGUUCAGCACAAACCAGUCCAGCAAAUCCCAGGUAUCAAAAAACAGUCACAACACGGGAGAGUCACGGAUCUGAAGCGCCUAGGGCGAAGCUUUACAAACACGAGCGUGACAUUGACUGUGUCCUCUGCGUGCUGAUUUUCCUGUUCUGAGGCUCAUAUUCAGUAAAAGCUCAUCUGUUGAAUUAGCUGCUUUCUCAUUCGUUAUGGUUGCUGUUGUUGUUGUUGCUGCUGUUGUUGUUGUUGUUGUUGUUGUUGUACAUACAAAUCCAUGUUGAGUCUCAGUUUAGUAACUGUCACGUUGGAAACCAAUAAUCUGCAACUACGGUCAAAUUCCUGCUCCAGUAUUGAAGUAUUCAUUAAUGAAGCCCAGUUUAUAGAAUGCUGUUUAAUAUGUAAGGGAUAAAACACGAAGUAAUCAACAGGGCAGUGCGGUGUGCCCGGAGGCCUUCGCCCUGCCGCCUUAGUCUGAAACAGAGCUGCAUGUAAACAUGAAAAAUCAGUAACGUCGAAGCUCUCAUGUGGACCAGAAAGUUCAUACUGUAUCUGUACCGAACCUAAGACUGCCUGCUGGACGUAAUGUUAGUUCGGUUCCACUGCAUUUUGAUGUGAUACCCAGGAAUGCAGCUUGUACUCGGGUCUACACUCGUUCAGGAACAAACCUGCCGGGAAAUUGGGAACAAUCACGCUCGGAUUCGUACCGCAGCAAACGUGCCGAGCAUAAGAACCACCACCAUUAACGCGCAUUGUUGAUUGAUUAUUCACAUCAUGCUGAAGUAUUUUAUUCCUCUAAUACAGCAGCAGCUUGUCAGGAACUACAAUAUUUUAUUUAUUUAAGAAUAACUCACUGCUUCUGCCUUCAUUUCUCUCUCUCUUUCUCCAACAAUAACAAUUCCAGCAUCUUAGCAAGAAGUCACAGAGGUACUCUGUUCUGUUGCCUCUGUCACUGUUUUACAAAACACUGACACUGGAGACUCCUUCCAAAAGCGUUACCUAAAUGUCACCUCAGCAGAUCAAUGAUACAUUUUUCCUUCAUUAAACAUAUUUUUUAUCCACCUUGAGUUGUAAGGCGCAUCCAGCAUACAGUAUGAGUCACUUGUGUGAACAUAAAAAUGUACACCUGAGCAAUCAGAACCAAGAACACCAUGAGAAUGUGCUGUGCUAAAAAGGCGGAAUGAUUAUUUACCAAGAACAGUUAUGAAAAUUACAAGAGCUCACAGAAGGACUCCAUCACACACUAGAUUACAGAUACGUGCUCAAAAUCUAGUGUGUUUGCUGCAGGAAAGACCACCUGGAACUCCGGUCUAAGAUUAGACCCGAACAAAUAAGGCUUGAACUCAGACGAUUGCUUUCAAACGACAUCAUUAUUGAGAUCAACAAAGAACAACACCUUUCUGUCCUCAGAGAGCACGUCCCUAACGAAGCUCAGUAGCAGCCACCGAUCGAGCUUCGAGAUGGCGUUUUGUCGUACAAGCAACAGAUCAAAGAGCUGAAACAAAAAUUAAGUUUUCUAGGUUUUGAUUCAAAGAGAAGAUGCAGGACACACUGAAACCUUUAUUAUUAUUAUUUUUUUUAUUUUAAUGUAUUUAUAAAUGGAUGUAUUUUAUUUUGAAUAUAAUGAAAAAUAAGUUUAUGGUUAUAUUUAAUGCUGAGCUUUCAUUAUUUGUUAGAUAUUUUGAUAGACUUUUUAUAUAACUAGUUAUAUACUAUUGUAAAUAUAUAAAAAAUAUACUAGUAAUAUACUGGUAAUGAAUGCUACUUUUGAGCUACAAAACAGACCUGUGCCUUUUUCUUUUUCAAUCUAAAUACAGUAUUAUGUAUUGUGACGUUAUUGUGAGAGGAAUGAAACAGUAUGUAUGAUGGAAGCUUGAGAUGUAAAUGUUUAUAUCUUCACUGACAUUCUGGUCCUUUCUGCUCUUCUUCAACCAAAAAUAAAUAAUAUAUUAAGAAAAAA